AUGGACAAGAAAAACUUGAACCCGACUACGCUGGACUGGCUCCUUGUGGACAACACGCCGGCCACGCCGCUCGCCGGGCUGCGGCACGUGCUCGCCAACGGCUCGCUCGUGUUCCCGCCGUUCCCCGCCUCCCGGUACCGGCGGGACGUGCACGCCGCCUCGUACCGCUGUCGGCUGCGGAUCGCGGACAACGCCGUGCUAUCGAGGACCAUACACGUGCACGCAGUGCUAAGCACGCCGUGGGAGGUCCGCGUGCCAGACGAGUACGUGAUGGCGGGUAACGCCGCCAUGCUCCGGUGUAUCGUCCCGCCGCACUGUGCGGAUCGAGUCAGCUCAACCGACUGGCUCGGCGAGGACGGAGUCAGUGUCUUCCAAUACCUAGAACCCCGGUACCAGAGGUUAGACGACGGCUCGCUGUACAUAAGCGCGGUGCGCGCCGGCAGCCGGGACGCGUUCCGGUGCCGCGUCCGGGACCGGGUCACCGGGACCGCCUACACCAGUCAGUUCUUCGGUCACGUAAUAGUGACGGAACCGAAAGGCGGUGUGAGGCCUCGUAUAGGCCCCGAGCCGCGCAACCGGCGCGUGCAGGCCGGGCAGGACGUGCGGCUGCCGUGCGCGGCGCACGCCUGGCCAGUACCCACUUACAGGUGGUUUCGCGAGCACCGCGAGCAGCUGACGCCGAUCGAGCAAACGCCGCUAUGGUCGCGCGCGCACCUGCAGGGCGGGCUGCUGAGCGUGCGCGGCGUGCGUCGCGAGGACGCCGGCCGGCUCGUGUGCUGGCUCAACAACACCGCCGGCGGCGAGUCCGUACACUUCUCGCUCGCGGUCACAGAACCUAUCUCCGUCCGAAUAAAGCCAGAAGCAUUGCGAACAAAAAUAAACUCGGAUGUCAUUUUUGAAUGCAAAGUCACCGGGCAUCCAAUCGAGAAGCAAUACUGGGUCCACAACGCAAAAGCCGUCAAGCCUAAUGAGAGAAUUCGGCUGUCGGAUGACGGCCUUAGAAUACAUAUCAAGGGUACGCAGAAGGAGGACCAGGGUGUCUACCAGUGCUUCGCUUCGAACAGCAGAGACCAAGCUUAUGGCGUAGCGGAGUAUUUAAUAGACGUGUCCGAGCGGCCGCGGGCCACCGCCACCGCCAACCGCUCGCGGCGAGCCCCCUACGCUCGCAGCGCGCAGUCGCAUGAUGUCGACUGGAACUUCACUGGCACACGAGAAUUGAAACCAGAGCUGGUGUAUUGGUUUUCGGAACAGACUCUACAGCCUGGCCCCAGCGUGUCGCUCAAGUGCGUAGCGAUGGGUCACCCCCCGCCUCAAUUCACGUGGCUACUAGAUGGUUUUCCUAUACCCACCAAUUCUAGAUUUGUAGUUGGCCAGCACGUAACGCUACAGGACGACGUCGUCAGCCAUCUUAACGUCAGCCGAGUUACUGAACAAGAUGGCGGCGAAUACGCGUGUGUGGCUACCAACUCCGCGGGCAAGGCGGUGCACGCGGCGAGGGUCAACGUGUACGGGUUGCCGUUCAUCCGCGAGAUGCCGAAAGUCACCGCCGUGGCUGGGAGCGACCUCGUCAUCAAGUGUCCCGUCGCCGGGUAUCCUAUCGAAUCUAUUACAUGGGAGAGAGAUGGUCAAACGCUGCCACUGAACCGUCGUCAGCGAGUUUUUCCUAACGGGACGCUCAUCGUCGAGCAGACGCAACGGGGCGAUGACGCCGGCACAUACACAUGCCAGGCAGCGAACAGACAACGCCAUGCAGCUCGCCGGGAGGUUGAAGUGCAGAUUCUAGUUCAACCGAAGAUCUUGCCUAUUCAGCCUCUAACGAACUUGCUGAGGGAAGGCAUGAGAGCAGCGAUUUCUUGCCAGAUCUUGGAGGGGGAUUUGCCAAUUGCCUUUCGCUGGGAGAAGAAUGGACAGCCCGUGACAUCAUCCCCGUAUGCUCCUAGUGGGAUUAUCACGAGAAGAAUGGACGAGUACAGCGCGUCUUUGGUCAUCGAACACAUUACUUCGCUGCACAGUGGAAACUACACUUGUAUAGCGUCGAAUGUAGCUGGUUCUGAACGGUUUACAGUUCCGCUCACUGUCAAUGUGCCUCCACGGUGGAGACUGGAGCCCAACGACGUGGCAGUAGCUGCCGGGCAAGAUGUGACUCUUCAAUGCCAAGCUGAAGGGUACCCGAAACCAAUCAUUACCUGGAAGAAAGCUGUUGGGAAUACUCCUGGUGAAUACAAGGACUUCAUGUUCGAGGGCACCUCUAGGAUGCUGGAGAACGGGUCACUGGUGUUCGAGCGAGUGGCCAAGGACAGCGAGGGACACUACUUGUGCGAGGCUAGGAAUGACAUUGGCGCGGGAUUGAGCAAGCUCAUAUUUCUAAAAGUUAAUGCUCCAGCCCGUUUUCCGAUGAAGAGCAAAACCGUUCAAGUGACGGCGGGAGAAGCAGCACAUCUGCAGUGCGCUGCGUCCGGCGACGCUCCGCUGGAGGUCAGCUGGAGGAGCCCUCACCAUCACACCAUCGCUCACCACCUGGAUCAGAGAUAUACAAUCCGCGAGCAAGUUCUGGACGAUGGCCUAGUUUCCGAGCUUAGUAUUCUGCAGACGUACCGGCAAGACACAGGGGCGCUCACGUGUAGGGCUUCCAACGCUUACGGACAAGAUGAGAUGCUCAUACAUCUUGUGAUACAAGAGGUGCCUGAAAUGCCAAAAAAUAUAAGAAUAAUAGACCAGCAGUCCCGAUCGAUUCAAAUAUCUUGGACCCAACCAUACGCAGGAAACAGUCCUAUAAUAAACUACAUAGUACAAUAUAAGGAAGCACCAGAAUCAUGGCCGACGACUCCUCAAAAAGUAAUAGUACCGGGGAGCGUGACUUCGGCCAACGUGCAAAACCUGCAGCCAGCAACAUCGUACCACCUUCGCAUCAUAGCAGAAAACAGGCUGGGGCAGAGCGAGCCCAGCCAGCUUGUGCAAGUCACCACGACUGAGGAAGUGCCGAGUGGUCCUCCGUUGGACGUGCGGGUGGAAGCCAAAAGCUCCACCGAGCUAAUUGUGAGCUGGGAGCCUCCACAGAGAGAUCUGUGGAACGGGAACAUCUUGGGGUACUACGUGGGGUUUCAGGAGUUAAACAACAACAGUACAAUUCUAAGCGCAAGCGGACCAGGUGGCGCCUCCUACACCGUCCGUACCGUCGAGGGUGCCGGCACAGCCCGAGCGAGAACCACGCUCUCGGGGCUUCAGAAACAUGCUGCGUAUGCUGUCGUUGUUCAAGCGUAUAAUAGUAGAGGUGCGGGGCCUGCGUCCCCGCCUACCACUGCGACAACUAUGGAAGAUGUACCCAGCCUACCACCAGGAUCGCUGCAGUGCACAGCGCUGAGCUCUCAAUCAGUACGCGUAGCUUGGGAGCCCCCUCCCACCCGCGGUCGGAACGGAGUACUACAGGGUUACCGAGUCACAUACGCACCAGUUACUGAUUGGUAUGGUAGGUAUUCAUCCAGGGGACAGUUUCAAUUUUUCAUUACAGGAAACGAAGAUGCCGUAACGAAGCAAAUAUCGGGCCUCCACACCACUCUGUCAGGGUUGCGUCGGUAUACGAACUACUCCGUCACAGUGUGCGCUUUCACCGCGGCUGGAGAUGGGGUUCGAGCUGCUCCCGUUUAUUGUCACACUGAGGAAGAUGUGCCGUCAGCUCCUGCGGACAUCAAAGCAGUGGUAUCUUCGCGUAAUAAAAUCCUCGUGUCAUGGCUGCCUCCCACUUCCCCUAACGGUGUGCUAGUGGGCUACACUCUGUAUAUGAGCGUCAUAGAAGAUGGGAGGGAGGAGGGUACCCACAAGCGUAUGUUGUCUCCAAGCACACUAUCUCAUGAAACAUCACGGUCACCGCCGCGAGCAACGCAUCAAUUUUGGGUUUCAGCGUCUACGAGACUCGGUGAAGGAGAAGCUACUAGAGUUGCCACUGUCCUACCGUCUGAUUCUGUACCAGCAAGAAUAACCUCAUUUAGCCGAAGCAUAGUGACGCCAUGGAAGGAGAACAUUUCGCUAUCGUGUAACAAAGUUGGUUCCCCGAAUCCCUCUACGACUUGGAGCAUGAACGGUGCCUCCCUCGAAUCGACGUUGAGGAAAAACGUUACCACUGAUGGCACACUCAUCAUCAGCAUGAGCCAAUACGCUGACAGCGGCAACUACACCUGCGCCGUAGAGAACCCCCACGGCCGGGACGAGGUCACUUACAGCGUAGAAGUGAAGGUUCCGCCACAGCCGCCGGUGCUCGCCGUAGUCGACUCGUACGCCGACUCGCUGCAUCUACAGUGGAGUGACCAGGGCGACGGAGGGAGCCCUAUAUUGGGUUACGUCAUCAACUACAAACGCGAGCACGGAGACUGGGAGGAGUUGCAAGUGGAGGCUGGAACGUCGGAACACGUGCUGCCAAACCUUUGGUGCGGAACUCGGUAUCAGCUGUACAUCACGGCCUUCAACCGCAUCGGGACGGGGCUGCCUUGCGAUAUUGUUCACGCCUUCACUAAAGGAACUGUGCCAGUAAAACCGAAACACUCGCAAAUGAUAACUCUCAACACAACCACUGUAACAGUGUGGUUAGACUCCUGGGGCGACGGCGGGUGCGGAAUCCUCUACUUCGUUAUUGAAUACCGAGAAGUUAGCCAGUCACAAUGGCGAUUAGUAUCUAACAGCGUCCAAGCGACCGAGCGAGUUUUCAGCGUGCCUGGUCUAACACCAGCUACUCAAUAUCAGUUGCGGAUAACAGCACAUAACAACGCGGGACAUGCCGUGGCGUUAUAUAACUUCACUACUCAUUCCAUUAGUGGCAUUAUAGACGGAGAAUUGUCACCUCCGGUGCCAGCAGCGGGCGCACGCUCUCUAGGAGGAGCGCGCGUCAUCCUCCCCGCGGCGCUCUCGCUGCUCGUGCUCGGUGCCCUUGUUGCCAUCGUACUACUAGUGCGGAGGAACAAAGCGGGCGGCACGGAGACGGCGGCGACGGAGAGCGCGGCGGGCGAGUCGCCGUCGGUGGCGCAGCUGCAGAACAAGGCCAACCGCGACCAGCAGUACCUCGCCGCGCGCGCGCAGCACCCCGCGCCGCCCCACCACUACAAGCACGCCUCCAACGAAUACAUCGAAGACAUUUGCCCAUACGCAACGUUCCAGCUAACGAAGCCUACGUACAGCGAAAGCAGCUAUAGUGGAAACGUCUACAGCGGCCCGUACCACUCAGUGCGCGGCUCAUUCGUCUACCACGACCUCAAGCAGAAUGAUAAAUAUAAGGGCAAGGAACCAGAAUACACGAAAGUGAGAAGAAAAGGAAAUCGCCUCCGCGAUCCUCAUUCCGAGAGCCAAGAGUCGGACAACUUGGGCUCCACGGACUCGGAGGUGAAGAAGAUACUAACGCUCCACCUGCCCAUUACAGAGUACGAGGACGACGCCAGCGACGACGCGAGCGCGCCGCACUCGGACAGCGAGCCCGCGCGCCUGCGCCCCGCGCAUCCCAACUCAUAUCCAAGUGUGGAGCGCGAAGAAUCUUCUUCCUCGUCGGAAAACUCGGUGGGGGGCGUCGUAAGGAAAGCGUUCCCCUCGCGCAAGGGUAAAGCCGGCGCGAUGGGCAAGCGACAUGUGAGGAGCUCCAGUGGUUACAGCAGCCACAACGAUGAGACGACAUUCAGCAUAUCCAACUACCCCUCGUUCAACGACCACAUCCACCCUCCGUCGCGGUUCUCAGACGACACCGACGAGCCCCGGCGCAAGCGCGACAAGAUGCCGCGCGAGGCGUUUCAAAUUAACGUGUAAUAACUGGAAUGCAGGGAAGAUUAGCUGAGCAGUCCUUCAGGCGGUACAGCCGUGGCGCGGAGCGCUUCGGCAACAUCUACCAAUAGAACUAUUGUCACUAUAGGCCUACAACCUAGUAAUCACGGUCAUGCUUCUAGUCCUGAAAAAGCGAAACGCUAUCUGCUAGAGUGAGAUGGUAAUAUUGACCUUCAUUGCUUUCACACUCGACGGGUACAGAUUCUACCCAAAAACACAUCCAUUCAAAAACCUUCGUUACUACUCGUAGAUAUAUUUCGGGUGUAGCCUCUCCUCUUGCAGAACUGCAAGCAGGAGCGUGCAUAGAGGUUUAUUACUUAACUGAGAUGUCGACGCGGAGACGGAUUCGUCUGAUUCGUAUCAAGCUCAGUAAGUAAAGUUAAAAUGUGAGCAAAGAUAUUUCCAAACUUAACCACCUUCUGCAUGCGCCACCGCGGUAUUUCUUUACGAGCCGCUUGAGUUAAGUGAUAAGACUGUAAUUCCAACAUUCCUCCAGCAAAUAACUGAAUACCGACAUAAAAAAUUAUGGAUUGUGCGAGUAAGCAGUACUUAUCUCCAUUUCUUUGUAAUCACUACAAAUAUGCAAUUAGUUUUGUUUGUUUGUAUAGUCUGCGCGCGAUGGAUAACAAAGAUUAUUGUGGAUAAUUACAUUAAAUGGGCCAACCAGGGCAAAAUCUUUCAAAUUCAACGAAGUUUCAAAUUGAACGAAUUUUCAAACGCAAGUAACUACUUAAAUACAGCAGAGUUGUUUAGCGCGGCACAAUUAUAUUUAAAUUUCCUGGUAUUCCUAACGGUCGAGACUUAUGCCUAACAUAUUAUUGUAAUUAUUAUAAAAUAUAAAUGAUGUUGUUGAAAACGAUUUGCUGAAGUUGCCAAAAUUCCCGUACCUACUUCUAGUGGUGUACAUACGAGUGUAGAUAGAUAGGUAGGUAUAGUAAAUGACUACUCUUAGUGCCACUUACGAUAUUCAAUUUUGUAUUCGGAACGCUGCUCAUGCCUUCCGAUUCCGAUUCUUCUCGGUGAGCUCUCCAAAGUUUGAAAAAGAAACUAGUUCUUCAAUCCUUUUCACUCUAUCACAUUAGUGAAGUCUGAAAAGGACACUGCGAAUCGGGUUUUUUUUACUUUGAGAGUAGCUCUUGGCUCUGUCGCUCUGUAAAUAUUAUUGUAAUUACUGUGUACUUAUUAUCGAAUGUAAACAUAAGAAGAACAAUAAUUAAAAAUAAAAGUAUAUAUUUAAACUUAAUGCCUUAUUGACCAAAGUCUUAAAACUAGUUUUGGAUGUAAUUGUAAAAUUAUAUCCCAUAGGUAUUUUCAUUAUAAUUGUUUAUUGUUGUAAAGUUUAUGAGAAACGUUCGUUUCGAUUGGCAAGUCUUUCUUAACGUCUAUAACUGUAAGAUAUCUUGCAUACCUUAACGUGUAACUCAAAUACCUAUAUGUCUUAGCUUUAUGGACAUUUUCCAGUUGUGGUAACACACUUGUGUGUUUAUGAAUAUCUUCAUACUUAACUUCAACAGUGCCCUAAGAUAUUAAUAUUAUUCACAUCCAAGUUCAUAUUAAGCCCAUUUUUGUAAACCCCGAAAGCAGUAAAAUGUAAAUUGGACACAAUUACCUACCUUAAGGCCUCAUACGCACGAGCGCUUUUUCAACGCGCGUUAAGUAAGCGCUUGAAUCCGUCCGCACGCUAAAUUCGAUUUAACGACCAACGCUUAAAAUCGAAAAUCCAACAAUGCUUGAUAAAAAGUGCCACCGCCAUCGCGUGAAUAAAUAAAUGCAUGUAUCAAUUUGUGUCAUUCAAGCGCUUUUUUAACGCGCGUUGUAAAAGCGCUAGUGCUAAUGAGGCCUAAGAGGAGAGCGUUUGCACACUGACGUUUUUCGCCAAUGGCGCGAUGGCAGUAGAUAGUAGAACCAAAAAAAAACAAACACUGCCUUUAAGCGCAACGCUGCGCCGGCGAGAAACGCUAGUGUGUAAAGGGUCUAAACUUAGUUAAACUUAGUAAAUAAACAAUCCUCAGUAAACGGUAACACAAGACAAUACACUUACCUAUAGUUUUUUGGUGAAUACGGCAGAAAGUUAACUUUAAUGUACAUUCGAACUGUAUCUGUAGAAAUAGUUACGAGUGUUGGACACUUAACACGACAUUUUGUAUUCGAUAAAAUAUUUUUAAGUGGAUUGUGUGAAUUUUUACUGUUUUACAAUCGUUUGCGUUGACUUUCGUAAUUCCAACGAAGACUGCCCUAUAUUUAAUUGAGAUCUAUUUUAUAUAUAUACUAAACACAAACCUAAUGCUAGUCAGUCGGGAUAACGUAGGAUGUAAGAGUCACCAUGAGGUUUAACAAUUUUAAGCUGUAGUUCCGAUUGUUAUGGCAUAGACAUAUGCAAUUUGAAAAUCUAUCUGUAUUUCAUUCGUUAGUGACCUGUUGAAUUGAAUGAAAGAUUUAUACUUUGCGAUUUUACUGCAGAGACGAAUAAAUUAUUAAAAAAUAUCAUCUUAUACAAAAUGCGGUCCUCCGAGUCCAUUACCACACUAAAUGGCUUCAUAAAUUUGUGCCAAGCAGCAUUUAGUAUAAGACUGCGACCUAACUGUUAUUCGCGACUAAUUCUCUUAUCAUAAAAAUUAGGUAUUUUUAAAUGGGACUUAAAAUUAACACAAAAUAUAGCAAUUUGAUUUAACUUUACAGUUGAACCGCAAAGCAAACAGAACCCGUUGGACUGAUUGUGACCACAUCGGAGGUCAAAAGCGAACUAUUUAGAUCUACAAAAUCGUAUGUCAUUUACUUUCGAGACUUUUUAAAUAAUUUAAAAUAUUAGACCUCAAAAGUCGUUUGAAUUCUAGUCAAUGUACCAUAUCAUUUUUGAGAGUUAUGUUACGAUACUUUGAUACACGUACAUGUAAGGGUUAGUUAAUCAUGUUGUUACAGAUAUGUUUUUAUAAAGCAAACAAAUGAGUUAUUAGGACAUUAUGAUGUGGACGAAAAUAAAAAU